AGGAGCGGCGCCAUGAGAGGAGGAUGCCCCACACUUUUAUUCUGAAAAGCAGCUCUGAGUCAGGGAGGACGCUCUUAUUGUGAAAAGCAGCUCAGAAUCCAGACGAUGGCUCAGCAUGCGGUGGUGCUGAUGCUGGCGGUCGUCAUGGUGAUGGUGGAGAGGAACACGGGGCGAGUGAUGAGCGGUUCUAAGGUGUGUGAGGGCGGUCCCGAGCGGCCCUGCUAUAAAAUCGCCUACUUCCAUGACGUGUCGAGCCGUGUGGCAUUCGGUGAGGCCAGACGGGCCUGUGAGGUGGAGGGAGGGGAGCUGUUGAGCAUCGAGAGUCCAGCUGAGCAGACUCACGUGGAACAACUGCUAGAAGCUCUGCGUUCAGGAGCAGUGGGCGGACCCAGAGGGGGGGGAAUAUCAGAUGGUGAUUUCUGGAUCGGCUUGACUCGGGUGGGUGGAGUCGAGAACACCAUGACUCCCUGUUCAGAACUUUACCAAUGGACAGAUGGCAGCGUUGCCACCUUCAGGAACUGGUAUGUUGACGAACCCUCCUGCGGCAGCGAAGCCUGCGUGGUCAUGUACCACCAGCUGACUGCUCUUCCUGGUCUGGGCGGGGCUUAUCUCUACCAAUGGAACGACGACCGCUGCAACAUGAAGCACAACUUCAUAUGCAAGUAUGAGCCAGAGAGCCACCUGGAGAAGGAACACAGAGACACACCAGGAGGGCGGGGCACUGCAGUGACUGCAGGAGGCGUUGUGAUCACUCGGGCAGCAGGCAGCGAGGACGUCCCACCACAAGUUGCCAUGACAGCAGCUUCAGGCAUGCUGCUGCUGUACGUGGUGAUCCCGACCAUCCCGCUGCUGCUGCUCAUCCUGGUGGCUUCUGGGACGUGUUGUUUCCAGACAUUCAGCCGGAGUCGUCCUCGCACAAAGUCUACCGCCGACCAAUCAAACCUCUGGAUCUCCAGGACGCCCAAACCUGACAGCAUGGAGGUGUGACAUCAGAGCGAUGAUGUCACCAGACUUUUAUUUUGUUAACUGAGCUAGGGUUUCUUACUGCCUGUUGGAGUUUCGUUCUUCUCUGCUGAAGAUCCAUCAAAAAAAUAAAUACAACCUCUAGAAAUCAACUGAGGUUCUGCUGCAGGUCAGAGUGGGCGGAGCCUGUACACAGGCAGCCAAUCGGAGGGCAGAUUGGUUACUCUGAUCAACAAUUGAUCAGCAUCAAACAAGUGUAGAACUCAGACCAGCUUCCUGUCAGCUGGUUCUAAUUGAAUCGGUUUCAGAAUAAAAGCAUCAGUUUUAGAGUAAAACUGUCAGUUUAACAAAAAAAAAAAAAAAAAACACCUGAAUUUUGAACAUCGCCGU